AACCAACAUGCAUCUCGACCACAAAAUCCCAUGGAAUACAGCCGCCUCACACCUGAACCUCAUCAAAUGCAAUCCCCGGUUCACUCCCCGUCGCACCGACUUUUUCUCUCGCAACAAACCCACCGAGUCCACCGACCUCGCCCAUUUCCGCCGCACGCUGAUCCGAACAAUCCGCGAAUUCUCAACCACCGAAGCAUGCAAACCCCUCGUCUCUGUUCCUUUGGACAGCCUUCUCUCCAAGAAUCUCCUGUCUUACCCGGAACGACACUUCGGCCUCGGCCUUCACCAAACAAACUCAGCCCUCCAUAACCCCCUCUCCCCGAAACAUCGAAGUAUCCAAUCCUGGAUCGACAGCGCAAGCACGAGCGAUAGUACCUACCCACCCAGCUAUUCUAGCGGUGAUGGCGAUCUCGCCGACGCAGUCAAAAUGCUGAUUAUCAUCGCCGGCAGCGCUCAAAAGAACGAUGCAAUGUCGAAGCGAAUGUCACAAGAAGCGAUUUCAGUCCUACUGGCGCUUUCUCGUCAUCCUCAGGUCCCUUUACCCACGCUUGCCAAUAUCCACUGGGGCCAUGCAUUCGGGGUUGAGCUGGUUGCGGAUUCGGCAUUGACGAUUUACAUCUUGAUUAAUUUGAUGGAUGCGGUGGUUUCCGAGAAGCGGGCGAAGGGGAAUGGGAAUGAUGUCUCGCUGCUCGAAACACGGACUUUUGUAUACUGGGCGGGCAGUUCGCUGGCUGAUUAUGACUAUCCGGCGCAGAAUGUUCCUCAUCGGGGGUUUUGGAAUGGGUUGGGGGUUACGGACUCGUGGGCCUCUCGACUACGGUGCCAGGAAGGGGUUUUGUUACCCGUGAAGGAUAUGGGGGUGGUUGAUCCGUUGAAGGGGGGGAAUAGUGAGGUUAGGGCCGAUUUGAAGGAGUAUCUCAAGACUUGCUUUGCUAUAUUGUACAUAUAUGAUAUGCUACUGAGGGAGUGGUUUGGGGAAGAGGAAGCCGACGCGAAGUGGGAGUAUUGGAUCGGUUGUCUUUUUGAGUCUUGGGGGUGCACGUUAUGAGUUGGUGGCAAAUGAGCGAUUGGGUUCUGUGGAUUAUUUCCAGUAACCCUGGUUUUAGAUGUAGGAUGCCUG